GUCCGACAGAUUAGAUUAAUUAGGGGGAUGGAUUAACGCGAAAUUACGAAACUACCCCUAAUCCGCCAUUAACACACACAGCUCGUCUCCCUCACUCUCUCUACACACCCUUACAAGCCAAAUGCUGACACUGCGUUUGCGUCUGCGUUUCCUUCUCCUGCCGCUGCUGCUGUUGGUCGCCGUCUCUUCCGGUGAAGCCUCCGUCACGGAUCUCCCCACGUUUCGCGAAGCACCGGCGUUUCGAAACGGCCGAGAAUGUCCGAAAACGACGUGGUCGGCUACGGAUCGGACACACAAUCCGUCGAUCAUCCAUAUCGCGAUGACCCUCGACGCGAUUUACCUCCGCGGAUCAGUCGCCGGUGUCUUCUCCGUCCUUCAACACGCAUCUUGCCCUGAGAACGUCGUCUUCCACUUCAUCGCCACCCACCGACGCAGCGCCGAUCUCCGCCGCAUCAUCUCCUCCACCUUCCCUUACCUCGCCUUCCAGAUUUACCAUUUUGACCCAGCCCUCGUCCGUGGCAAGAUCUCCUCUUCGAUCCGUCGAGCCCUCGAUCAGCCCCUCAACUACGCUCGGAUCUACCUCGCCGAUCUGCUUCCGACCGCCGUCAAACGCGUAAUCUACUUCGACUCCGAUCUCGUCGUCGUGGACGAUGUGGCCAAGCUUUGGAGCAUCGAUCUCCGGCGACACGUGGUCGGAGCGCCGGAGUACUGCCACGCGAACUUCACCCACUACUUCACUCAGAGGUUCUGGUCGGUCCCGGCUUAUGCGGCGUCGCUUCGGGGAAGACGGCCUUGCUACUUCAACACGGGCGUGAUGGUGAUAGAUCUGGGGAAAUGGCGUGAAGGAAGAUUCACGGUGAAGCUCGAGAUCUGGAUGAGGAUCCAGAAACGACACCGUAUCUACGAGCUUGGGUCUCUGCCGCCAUUUCUGCUGGUCUUCGCCGGAGAUGUGGAGCCGGUGGAGCACCGAUGGAACCAGCACGGUCUCGGAGGCGACAACCUCGAAGGGCUUUGUCGGAAUCUGCACCCAGGUCCGGUGAGUCUGCUUCACUGGAGUGGGAAAGGGAAGCCAUGGCUGAGGCUGGACUCCAAGCGACCUUGUCCGUUGGAUUCACUGUGGUCCCCAUACGAUCUGUACCAUCACACACCGUUGAUCUCCGACAGCUGAUGGAGUGCUGACGUGGAAGCUGACUGGUAAAAAAACAAGGAACGGCGAGAGCUAAAUUUCGGGGCCGUUAAAGUUUUGUCGUAUUGACUGCCGUGAAUUCAGCUGGAUUUCAUCGGUGGAAUUUGCCACGUGGCAGUCAAUCGUGGCGGGACUAGUGUUUGAUCGGACGGUGGAUAACCGGUCACGGAACGUAUUCGACGCGGGUUAUUGUAUGGGUUUAAAAUACAUUGAUAAUAAGAUAUACCAUACGACGUCGUGUUGUUUUCCAUGUACGUAAAGAUCUAUUUGUGAGAUUCUGUUAUGCAAUGUGAUCAUCAUCAUGUUCUUCAAAUAAUUAAGUUAAAUUCCUUUUUGAUU